AAUAAUCAUAUUCGUGCAAUACAGGUUCUCUACCGGUACGUACGAUACUCGUGUCUUUGUUCUCCACAUGGCUUUCCCAAAAGUGCAACACGAAAGCACACGAACAGAAAGGAGGCUUCCCGUGUUUCUUUGACCUUUGGAAGAGAGAUGCCAACCCAUUCCGCAGCAGCAACGGCAGCAGAAGRAGCGACGAGAACGGCCGCUAGAAAAACGAGAACCGUGCCGAAACGAGGACGGGUGCACUGCCGGAUUUCUGCCGCUCUGUUUGUUGCCGCCUUUGCCAUUGCCGCGAUGGUCCCGCAGGCACUAUUCCGGGGAGCCUUUCGCCCCUGCUUGGCCUUUUCUCCCGGUGCCCUUCGCACCCCCGGGUUUGCCGCUGGAAUGAGGGGCAACURCCACCGGCACCRGAACCGCCGCCUCCUGGCCAGCGUCACGGGCACCGUCUACGAAGGCGGCGGCGUGGUCGUGACGCUCUACACCAAGGAGGGGUGCACCCUCUGCGACAAGGUCAAGGACGUCCUCGCMAAGGUCAACGACGAGGAAGGCUUUGCCCACUCCCUCAAGCAGGUCGACAUCACCGACGACGACCAGGCCGACUCGUUCGACCGAUACAAGUACGACAUUCCCGUCCUGCACAUUGGCAGCGGCGAYAGCGGAGCCGGUGCCUACUGGACCAAGCACCGGCUGACCGAGGACGAGGCCAGGGAAGCCCUCACCGAAGCCGGGACCGGGACCUUCGAGGAACGGACCGGCCGGCCCAACGCGGCCGCCAUGGAACGGUGACGAUGGACGGAACGCAACGCAACGCCAGGCGUGGCGUGGCGAUUUGAAGCUCGGGAUCGGAGCCCGGAUUCGGCUCUCAAAAACCUUGUUCAGAACGAGUAGCGCCGCCCCAGGAUGGUUGAAGACAUGCCUGGUUUGGUAUGCUGCGCUACAAUCAGAAAAUACAGGGUUGUCAUAUUCAUCUGUAGCAAACUAUUGAAUACUUAUUUGAAGUCACCGACGAAAUAAUCACGCUUGUACAAAAAUAUGGUAUUAUCUUUUCCUUGUGGUAGCAAUUAACGCUAGCGGGAGAAUUGGUCGUUGAAAUUGUUGACCUCGCAUUUAACUAUCAU